UUGGAACAAUAUGUCUGCCAUUCUUGUUUUGGCGGUGCUGACUCUUUGCCUCUGGCGGUUUUCUCAGCGCCCCAGGGGCGUACCCCCUGGACCUUGGCCUGUCCUCCCAAUCAUCGGUAACUUCAUUCAAGUUAGCAGCGACCCAGUUUCGUCAUUCAGAAAAAUGAGGAAGAAAUAUGGAGACAUCUUCAGCGUUUAUUUUGCAGAUCGCUUGGUGAUCGUUAUCAAUGGGUUGGACAACUUGAAAGAAGCAUUCGUGAAAAAUGGCGACGUCUUCUCGGAUCGACCAAUCCUGUUUAUACUAGAUCUGGUCACUCGAAGGAAGGGGAUUCUUGGCACCAGUGGACAUGUGUGGAAAGAACAGAGACAGUUAGCUAUGCUGACGCUCAAAUAUUUAGGAAUGGGCAAGAACGUUCUAGAAGGAAGAAUCAAAGAAGAGGUAACCGCCUUGGUUGAUGAAAUGAGAAAGGCAAACGGCGAGGCAGUAGAUUUUCGCCAUCUAAUUAACACCUCAGUAUCUAACGUCAUUUCAGCUAUCGUGUUCGGCAGAAGGUUCGACUUUGAAGAUCCAAAGUUUGUGAAAAUUGUGGAAAUACUGGACAACACCGCGGCUUCUCCUCUUGUUCUUGGAUUUUUCCCAUUUCUUCACCUCCUGCCUGGAGAUCUGUUUGGUUUCAAGCGCCUGAAACGCGACAUUGAUAUAGUACUGACUGAUUUGGUGGACGUGUCCAUAGAGGAUCACAUGCAACACUACGACGAAGACAACGUCGACGACUUCAUCAGCGUAUACAUCAAAGAGGUGAAGCUGAAGGAGAGACUGGGGGAGACGGACACGAGUAUCGAUAUAGCCAAUCUACGCAUGGUCAUUUGGAAUCUCUUCCUAACUGGAACGGAAUCAACAGCGACGGCAAUUCUAUGGCUUCUGUUGUACUUUAUGCAUUUUCCAGAAGUCCAAAACAAAUGCUUUGCGGAGAUUGUAGAAACAAUAGGAUCAGACAGAUCCAUUUGUCUCAAGGACAAAACAGAUCUACCUUACCUGGAAGCCACUCUCAUGGAGAUAUUGCGCUAUGCUGAUAUUGUUCCUUUCAGUGCUAUGCGCGGUGUCUCCAAGGAGACAGUCUUCGGAGGAUAUCGGUUCCCCAAGGAUGUCAUCGUUUUGCCCAUCAUUGACUCGGUUUUGUCUGAUCCACAGAUUUGGGGUGAUCCGGAAAACUUCCGACCCGAUCGAUUCCUAGAUGAAAAUGGACGCCUCGUAAAAUCGGAAGAGCACAUCCCGUUCUUUUUCGGCCCCAGGAGUUGUCUGGGAGAAUCCCUGGCCAGGAUGGAGUUAUUUCUCUUUGUCGCUGCCUUGAUACAGAAGUUUGAGUUUGUCGCGGUCGAAGGACGUGCUCUGCCGACCUUAAAGAGUGAGCUUGGCUUUACGCAGUCUCCAAAACAGUUCGAGGUCAGAGCCGUGUUACGGAAAUAAACAUUCCCCACCCAUCCAAAAAAAAAAAAAAAAAAAAAAAAAAUCGGGUCUCUGGUCAGACCAAAUUAGAGUUCCAGAAUUGAUGCGGCGAUGCGGUUGGUUUUUUUUUUUAAUUGUUUUUUCAAAGCAUGAAUUGCACAAAUAAAUGUGGUACCGAAAUAAAGGGCAUAUUUUAGGGCGAUUUUUUUUUUUUUUUUUUUUUUUUUUUUUUUUUUUUUUUGGGGGGGGGGGG